CUUCGUACAAUUUAUAGGGGUGAAAGUAGACCCCCGUGAGUACAGCGGUCUUCAGUUGUAUAAAUUUGUUCACGCUGCCGUUUGCAUCACUCCGGCUGGCAGGAUUACACCGAGACAUCUGCGAAUUGUAGUAGCUACGUUCCUUCUAACUACAGCUCGAUCGACGGCAUUGCAAUUAAGUAUCCAAUCUACUCCAGGCUGGAAAAACACUAUAGUGAUCUUGAAGAUUGAAGAAUCAACCAUGGCAUGCAGAAAUUCAUCGGUGCCCUUCUACCAUAGAGAAACUAACUCUAGGGGAUAGGAACUAACUCUAGGGGAUAGGCCCCAUCUUUGCCCCCCUGCAGCAGUAGGGAACCAGUGAUGGUUGCGCUUUUCCACUCCGCCGCGACAGCUGUGACUAUUGCCCAUUUGAGGCUGCCCUUAAAGAGGGUGCUAAUAUCAAUUAGAGCUGUCAGGUAUUUCUAUGCAACCUUUCAUCUUAGCAUUACCGCGUUUAUUGAUUUGAUGACCGCCUGGCUAUCCGUGUACUAAGGUACACAGUCACCUCUUUUAUAGCUAGAACUUCUGCCUGAUAACUGCUGCAGUAGUCCGGAAUUCGGACGGAUAAUUCCAGUCCUAAUUCUGUAGAAAAAACUCAGUUGCCAACCCGGCUGUCUAGCUUGGAUCCAUUCGUGUAAAAAUGUAUUUCUCCACUUAACAUUCUCUUAAAAAGGAAUCUCCACAGCUUUGUAAAUUAGCUGGGAGAUUGUGAGUAGCCUAUGUGUCCUUGAAAGGAGAAUUGCCUCAGUUCCCAGGCUCCUACUCUCUGCCCACUUUCUAAGCGCGGCAAUAUUUUAGCGCAGAAUGUCCAUUAGAGUCAACACCAAAAUCUUCUAAGGCACCCGUUAUGGCGCUUGCAUUGAUGCUGUUGAAAGCGGCUUCCAUGUCUACAAAAUCAACCAAAGCAUACUCCUGCCUAAGCAAUUCCUCGCUACCCAUUUUCCAAUUUCUCGUUUUUGCCAGGACUUCGUAACAUCAGUCCAUUGGAAAUACGCGCAAGAUCGUUUUUCAAAUACAUUGGCACGAUUAUUAUAAAUAGCUGAAGAGACAUGUGUCAGCACAUUCUUUGCUCCUCGACCAAAAAUACUUGAAAACAAAAGAUAAGCAAUCAUUUUAUAUUAAUCACAUCAUUCAAGUUUGUUGUCGCUUCAAAUAAUUUUUUGGAUUUUGAAUGAAAGAGUUUUGAAAAAUUUUCUGUUGGUAAAUACAGUCCCAAUUUUUAAAUAAAAAUUGCAAUUCGCACAGACAAGCGUAAGUGUAACAGCCAUAUUGUGCGCCUCUUUGUAGAAAGUCAACCCUUUCAGAAAGGCGACAAAUGGAUCGAAAAAGUGAAAAUUUGGAGUUUACUCAAAAGUUAAGUGCGAAACCAGGAGAAUGUCUAGAGCGGCGUUCCCAUGCCUAUUUCACGUUAGCACGACCGACAUGUGCCUCCGGCGGCGACAUGGCCACCGCUUCAGAGAGCUUGCAUUGCAAUUCCAAGAAUUCCAGUUAUCAAAGUUUAAGUUACAAAAGUGAUCCGUCGGAGGAGCAAUCCGAAGAUGCCAUUCAGAUAGAGAAUUCGCAAGCUAUUAAGGCCACAACGAGCGAUGUGAGCAAUUCUCCCGAUUUGAGAUCAUCAUACCAUGCCACUGGUAAGCGAAAGUCUAAGCAUUGUGAAGUCGCUUCGAAAUUGAAAGCUGAAUUAUCCAAGUACAAGAAAGAGUUAAAAGAGUAUAAUAACACAACAAAAGAUUUGGAGGAGAAAUAUAUGAAAAUCAAUUUUGAAUUGAAUGAAAUGCAGCGGAAACACGAUCGCUUCGUCGCCAACCGCAAGUGCAAAAAAGAAACGGAUGCCUAUUCGGACAGCAGCAGCAGCACCGGUUCGGAGUUCUCGCUGAAGCGAAAGUACACACAAAUAUUUCAUCGGGGCAGCAGUUUCAUGACCAUGCUGCCACCCGAUUGUACCACAUCGAAUGAAAAUAUCGAAAAUGAAUACACUAUGCAGGCGGAAGACGUAGCAGCAGUUGCGCACAGAAAACGCAAACUAUCAUCGGCAUCCGAGUAUGCCAGCUUGCGACUGCAAAAUAGUCAAAUGCCACAGAAACGUAAUUCCAAGCGCAAAUCGCUUAACAAGGAGAACGAAGCGCCACACCACCCAAUAACACACGAUACGGAGAAAUUCCAUGCACGUGGCCAAGCGGCGGGUCUCAAGGACAUCUACAAUGUGUUGAAAAACGUUUUGGACAACAAUCAGAAAACGCAUAGUCUGAGCAAGAGCGCCGACCUAAAAGCGAUGCACUCGACCAUUGUGAAUCUGCAAAAUGAACAGAUGCAAUUCCGCAACAUAAUUAAACAGCAACAGAACUGCCUACAGGAUUACCAUACUCGCUGCAUCAAGGCGCAGCAUAUAAUGCAAGUGCAGCAAAUAGAAAUCGAGAAGCUCAACUCGAAUAAUCAUCAGCUCGAAACGGAAAUUAGCACAGGCAUCGAUCAGUUGCGUCACAAGAUCGAUUCCAAGUUGCGUGAUGUGUCGCACCUGCCGCAAAUUGUACGCGAGGAGCAAUCCAAGUGCGAGAAGGUGCACAAAGAGAAUAAUGCGCUGACAGAACGAGUGCGUUCGCUGCAGGUCGAGGCGAGUCAGUUGAAAAUGAAAAUGGAAGAAUUGGCACGCCGCAAAGUGAUGACGAUUAAUCGUUUGAAGGCGGCAGAGCGUGAUCUCAAAAUUUUCAAGAACUACAAUACAGCACUAAAGCAUGAGAAGCAAAAACUGGUCGAGGAGCUGCAGAAAGUGAAAGAUCAAUUGGAUAGCGUGCAGAAUACGAGCAAGCGGACAUUGGCGCGUCAGCGUGAGCAGACGGAGAAGCAGCGUAGAGAUUUGCAGAAGCGCGUCUUCGAACUUGAAUUGAAGCUGAGUCGUAGUCAGAAUUCAACGACGAGCUUAAUUCAGGAGCGAGAUAGCUUAAUUGCCGAGCUGCAGACACAACUGAACACACUGGUGCACAAUUUCGAGGUGUCGCAGAAGCACAUUCGUGUGCUGCGGCGGCAUAUCUACUCCAUGUCUGGCGGCAAUGUGCGCUGUCCCAAUUUGUUGAAUGAGAAUAUGUAAGAUGGACGCAGGCAGCUUAACGCAUGAUUCAAUAAUAACACGAUUAAUUAUUGAAUCAUGAGCUUAACGUACGUUUUUCGCAUUCAAAUAUUCCGUUCAGCUUGGUUAACUCAAUUCAAAGUGUCGACAUUACUACUCCAAUUUACUCAGCACUUCUGGUACAAACGGCACAGUACAGCUUUUGAUUGCGAUCGCCAAUGGCGUUUUGGACCAUAUAGUGAUCAGCAGCCUUUUAUAAAUGUCAUUCACUAUGUGCUCCAGUUCGUUGUUGGCUGGCGAUCGACAAUGAAUGGAAAAAACUCGUUGGCAAUGCGAUUGGUUGCUUCGUUUGAUAACUAGCAUAGAUGCCUCGGCCAUUGUACCAAAAAACGAGCGCUCAGUAGAUAAGCUAUUUUUCUACGUACAUAUUCUAACGUACUUACGUUCUUAUACAUACACUUAAACAGGAAUAAAUUUGUAUGCACCCAGCAAAAAUGCGACUUAUACGGGAUUAGUCCGGGAGCAAACCCAAAGGAAGAUGCGACUAAUGCCACUUUUGAUUAUUUAUAUGGAAUGAAGAGUUCCGUUUUGUUCGGGCAUGUUCUAUGAAGAGAUUUAUUGUUACCCUUUAUACCGAAGCGGGUUUGAAAAGUGACUACUUAGUCGCUUUUAAAAAAUAACUAAUACAAAUUUGCGCUAGCUGCGAUGCGAACCGGGAAUUCUAGGUUUGCUAAAAGCUCAGUUAGUCUAGACUUAACUUAAUUUAACUUACCGUAAGAAAUUAUCAAUGAUUACUCAAC